CCUCUUCAUCAAUUUAAAGAAAAACUGGUUAAUUGUGAAAAAAUUCUUUUUUUUUAUUAUUUUAGUCUUUUCAAUCCAUUUAUCUCCCCCUCCCCCUCUCCCCCUCCCCUCACUCUCACCGUUAAUUUUUUGAAUAACGGAGGAGAGAUUAUUUUAGGAAAAAUGAGUGUUAAUUGUAGUUUAUUUUUAAAUAUAUUUUUAAUUGUUUUGGGUAAUUGUUGGGUAUUUUAUAUUUAUUUUUUGUUUGUAUAUUUGAAAACUUUCCGGAAAGGAAAUCAUUUGUGGGUACUUAUCAUCUUUCCGGAAUUUUUAUUUAAAAAUAAUUUAAUUAAUUAAUAUAUACAAAAUUCUGAUAAUUUUACUACAAUUCCUCCUCCCUUUUUAAUUAAUUUUGUUAUAUUUAAUUUCUUCAAAUUACUUUUUUUACAAAAAAUGACGAACGGAAAAAAUUACAUAAAUUUUCUAAAAAUAAAAAAAAAUUAAACUCGUUCCCCCGUUAUUUUCCUCACUCUUUUUUUAAAAAUUAUCAAUAAAAAUUACUUCUUUUAAAAUAUUUUUUAAAGUUUUUAUUUCCAAUGGGGAAUAAAAAUUCGUUAGUAACAGAAAAUUGUCCCCAAAAUUAUUCUUCUCCCAAUUUUACAACAAAAAUUGGACAACAAAAUGGAUUAUCACCAAAACAACAACAACAGAAUGGCUGGAGAAAGAAGAAAAUUACAACAACAAAUAAUGACGAAUUUAAUUAUUUAAACGGAAAUAAUAAUAAUAAUUUUAGUCAUUCACCAACAAUAGCACAUUCCUCAGGAGCAUCCACAUCAUCCUCUGGCUGUCCAAAUAAUAACAAUAAUAUUAGUAGUAAUGGAUUUACACGUGUAAUGGUCAACGGGAAUGCUAGUGCUCCCUGCACGCCUAGAGGGGAAGUGUCCAGAAAAGGAGGAGGGGGAGGGGGAGGAUUUUUGGCAAAUUUGUUCCAUGGAGCUGGAGGGACUUUAGGGAGGAGAACAGAUAAAAAGUCAUCAAACAACAACAAUUCCCCUCUUUCACCCAAAACACAACAAAAGAACAACGUUUCAAAAAAAUGGACUCCUUCCUCCCCAAUCUCCCCAAUUAUGCCCCCACCUUCAAAUCUCGAACAAUUCCAAUUACUUCCUGAUCGACCAGCAAUACGUUUAGAUUCUCGUUUAGUUUGUAAAUAUGAAGUACUUUCUGUUGUUGGAAAGGGAUCUUUCUCUCAAGUAUUGCGUGUUCAGGAUAGAAUCACUAAACGUUAUUAUGCCGUCAAACUUGUAAACACGGAUCAAGACUUUGGUGCUGUAAACAACGAAUUGACUAUAUUAGGUCGAGUAAAACACCCCUUUGUUAUUCGAUUGGAAGAAGUUUUUCGAAGUCCCACAAAGCUUUUUAUUGUAAUGGAAAUGGCUUCCGGAGGGGAAAUGUUUGAUCGAGUUGUGGCAAAAGGGCGUUAUACGGAAUGUGAAGCCCGUUUAGCAAUUAAAAUGUUGUUAACUGGCCUAGAUUAUUUACACAGAAAUUUAAUUACCCAUAGAGACUUAAAACCUGAAAAUUUGCUUUAUAGGCAAGUUUUGAAUUUUGAAAAAGAUUUUUUAAAUAUUUAUUUUAGCGAUACUAGACCAGAUGCCCGUCUUUUAAUUACUGAUUUUGGACUUGCUAAACAAACAAAAAGUCAAGAUGAAAGAAUGACAGAAACUUGUGGUACUCCAGAAUAUAUUGCCCCAGAAAUUUUAUUAAGAAUUCCGUACAUGAAUAAAGUUGAUUGUUGGGCUGUUGGGGUUAUCGCAUAUAUUUUAAUGAGUGGAAUAAUGCCCUUUGAUGAUGACUGCCGUUCCCGUUUAUAUACCCACAUUAUAACAGCCAAUUAUAUUUAUUACCCUCAAUUUUGGAGUGGAUCAGAACAAGCAAAACAUUUUGUUGAUUCUUUACUAGAAACAAGUCCAGAUUUUCGUCCUUCAGCACAAGAAGCUUUACAUCAUCACUGGGUUACCGGGGAAAGAUUAAUUCCAAUUAACAACACAUCACUGGGAAGAAAACAAAUAAACCAAAUUGAUAUUCGAAAGGAUUGGAUAGACGAAAAAGAAAGGGAUAUAUUAGAUGGAGGGGACAUUACAGAUUACGAGACUAAUGAAAAUGGAGGAGGAGGAGGAGGGGCUAUGCAAAGGACAAAAUCAAGUCGAUCAGUUCGAAGCGUUACCAGAAGCGACCACGGCCACAGAGUUGACCCAAGAGAAGUUGAACAAUUGGCAGAAGACCUUCAAAGGCUCGCAAAACAACAAAAACAACCUCCACCACCUCACCAUCAAAAACACAAUUCUUCUUCCUCAUCCUCUCACCACCAACAAAACAGACAAAAACAUUCAACCAGUCAAAAUCGUAGUGGUGUUGGUCGACUUCAUCCUCAAACCAAUGGAAAUAGCCAAAAAACUAAAAACUACGGGAUUAUUUGA